AUGCAUCAAAUCAGACGACCAUCCCAGCUGCAUGAUGAAGACGAUGGUUAUAUCCAUGACGAUCAUGAUGCUGACGUCAAUGCCUAUUCUUACUCAACAGCAGCAGCUGCCGACAAGUUACCCAUAGUGGCAGCUUCUCAAUACACAGCCGGACCGAUCCCCGCCCGAUCGCCUUUACGACAGGCAUCCUCGACCGUAGAUCCCCGAACCACCAUGAGCCCUCCCACACGCCGCUCAAGUCUCGGAAUGUUGUUAAGACGUAGCAAGUCAGGCGAGCUCAAGGGCAAGAAGGCCCAGCUCAGAGAACAGGAACUGCAGCGACAGCGUGACGCUUCAGUUCCCAAAUCCCCUCCUCGCCUCCCGGUUCUCUACAACGGCGCACCAGCACCGGAGUUACAGUCCUUUGGCGGCGAGAACCCUCGUCCAGACAGCUUCCAGAUUGUCUCUGGCCAACACUCACUUACCGACAACCAGUCCCUUCUCUCGCGUCCCUCAAUGGAGCCAAGCUCACGCUCCGCGAUUAAUGUUCCCGUUCCGCCGAUUCCCAAUGGCGCCUGGGUCGAUCCCUAUGCUCGCACCGAGAGCAUGACGCAUCGCGGCAGGUACAGCUACGCGAGCAGUGCCAUCAGCUCGGUUAACAACCCGAGGAGAGUUCGAAGACGCAAGGACCCCACGCCUUUCAAUAUUCUAAUCGUAGGUACGCAAGGCUCUGGCAAGACGUCAUUCCUCGAAUUCCUCAAAACCUCGCUCGCCCUACCACCAAAGAAGCGCACCAAGAGUACCAUCGACGGCAGUGAAUUGACGCCCAGAGCUUCUGCCUCGGGCAAUUUCGUUCCUCACUAUCUCGAAACCGAAAUCGAUGGCGAACGCGUCGGUCUGACACUGUGGGACUCGGAGGGCUUUGAGAAGAACGUUGUGGAUCUUCAGCUGCGCGAAAUGUCGGCAUUCCUUGAGAGCAAAUUCGAAGACACUUUCACUGAGGAAAUGAAGGUCAUGCGUUCUCCAGGUGUCCAAGAUACCCACAUUCACGCUGUUUUUCUUGUUCUUGAUCCCGCUCGGCUCGACCGGAACAUUGCUGCCGCCAAAGCUGCGCAAGCUCCUGGCAGCAAGACCCAGGGCAUUCCCGCGCGCAUUGUCGGCAGCCUAGACGAGGACCUGGACCUUCAGGUUCUGCGUACGCUGCAGGGCAAAACCACCGUCAUCCCGGUCAUCUCCAAGGCGGACACCAUCACCACCAAGCACAUGGAUGUGCUCAAGCGGACUGUCUGGGAUAGCCUGAAAAAGUCAGGGCUGGAUCCACUCGAGGCCCUCGGAUUCGAUGACGAUGAUGCUGCGACUCCAGAUUCUAGCAGAAUCGAUGAGGAAGACGAGGAGCCAGCCGAGGACGACGAUGAGGUAGUGAGCGGCCAAAAAUCAACAAACGAAGAUGGCGAAGUCGAUGGCGACCUGUCCAAUCAAGACGGUGACGAUGACGAUGUUGUAGGCGCCAACUCCACUUCGCCGUCGUCGAGGGCAUCCAAGAGGGACUCAAUCCGCCGUAGUCGGACUGCGGAAGAACUCAAGCAGGACGAGCCGCCUUUCAUUCCCAUGUCGAUAAUCAGCCCGGAUAUUUACGAGCCUAGUGUUGUGGGACGCGCUUUCCCAUGGGGAUUUGCAGAUCCCAACAACGAGGAUCACUGCGAUUUUGUCAAGCUCAAGGAGGCUGUGUUUAAUGACUGGCGCGGCGAGUUGCGCGAGGCCAGCAGGGAGCAGUGGUACGAGACGUGGAGGACGAGCAGACUUAAGGAGCGCAAGCUGGCCGGUGGCGGGCCAGUACAGACCGCUCGGAGGUUUGUUGGCCAGUGA